GAGACAGGAGAGAGAGAGAGAGAGAGAGAGAGAGAGAGAGAGAGUAAUCGGCGAGCGAGUGCUCUAGCAAACGGCUGCAGAAAUUUGUCUGAUGGCCAGCCCGGGGACCGCAAACGAGGAGUUGGCUAUGUCCAGUGGCACUGGUGGCGGAGGUGAGGGAUGCCGAGGCGACUCCGUCAGCUCCGGCGAUGGAGCUGCGUCAGAAACCAGCGGCGGCUUUUCCGUCGUGUGGAGGACUUCGGGGGAAGCAGAGGUGAAGAUGGUGCGUAUACUGAAGGAGGAAAUCUCUGAUGAGGAGAUGAUCAUCAAGGAUUUCGAGCAACUGCUUGAGCGAAAGACGGGACAACGAGUCCAAUCACUCUGGUUCCACGGUGUUCCCCUCGAGAGGGAUCGCGCGUCUUACAAGCUGUGUCAUCUCGUACCCCUCUUUGAAGCCACUCCAUUGCGAUUCGCUGUCAGUACGAUUCCGAAAAAUGACAGCUUGAGAUUGUUCGUGGAGCCCUCGAGGAAUGGGGUGUCUUGCGGCGAUACCCUGGAGUUGUUUCCUGUAAGCGACGAGACAAGCGUGGAGGGGGUCAAGCGGAUGAUUGAGUCCAAAGUGGGGUACGAUAAGGAAUCGCAAGUACUCUGUCUCCAUAAUGACGUGGAGCUGGAGGAUGGAACCCCUCUCUACUCUCUGGAUAUCGAAAGUGGAAGCACGUGGAAGCUGGAGUUAUUGCGGACAGAUGGGGAGGAGGCUUCCGACAUGUCGGCUCCCCCUCCCGCUCCCGCGGGCUUUUUCCGCUCGAGACGGCGAGCAUAUUCACCACUCCUUGGGGGUGGUGGCCUCGGAGCAUCUCGUGCGCGCAUGAGCGCUUGCGGAGCACCUCCGCCGCCGCGCAUGAGCCGUUGCGGAGCACCUCCGCCGCCGCGUAUGCCGCCUGCGCGCAUGAGCGGCAUGCCAUUGGGUGAAUCGUCUCUUUUCACUGAUGUUAGCGAUGACACAUCCAUGGUGCGGGAGUUGUUCUCGGACUCUGCUCCUGAUUGGAGAGUGUGCUCCAAAGGGCUGAACGUCGAAGGGAGCUGUUUAAAUUUUAGACAGAGCUGUCGGGUCACAUAUAACCCGGUGAUUUGUCCUGUCGGCUUCGGGCCGUUCAAUUUGAUGCUGGACAAAGCUCGGUGUCCUCUGUGCGACUCGGAGAUCACCCCCAUCACCUGCGGUUUCUAUGACUGCGAAUGGCGUUUCGAGGGCGUUAAGUCGACCGGCAAGGAGAGUGUCAGCAGCGAUUGGAAGCUUCUGGAGGGCGAGUGCUAUCACCUCUUCAGCGMCGAGCCAGGCGAGGCCAUCGAGUGGGAUGCCUUGGUCAUCACAACAAGGCCGACUCGGAGGUGGAAGAAGAAGACGGGAGGACAGAUAGACUGCGCGAUCUGCUUUGACAUGGUGGCAGGGUUGCCCGAGAGCACUAGUGUAGAGGCCCCCUGUCGUCACGAGUUUCACGAGGCGUGUUUAAAGAGCUGGCAGCUGCACUGCCGGCAGUUGAAUCGGGGAUCGUACUCGUGUCCUUUGUGUAGACAGGAGCAUCCUUUCGACCUGUGUUGAGGACUGUCUUCUUCUUCUUCUUCUUCUUCUUCUUCUUCUUUUUAUUCCUUUUGCUUGGUAGUACGCAGCAUCUAUGUCAUCCUCUCACUAGUCUAUAUAUGGUACGGGGGAAUACCAACCAACCCGGAUCUCUCCCCAGCCCGGGGCGUAGAUUUGCACCACAGCU